CAUGGCGCCAACUGGGAUCCAAACCCUCUGUGUUCUGCUGCUUUCUUGUCCUCUUCUCUCUGAGAUAGAUGCUUACCAGAGAACUACAGCAUCUUCAGGAAACGAUGCUUACCGGGCAACAUCACCAGAGCAUUACCGGCUAUACCCAGGAGCAGCAGCAGGUUCCACUGCCCAGACUCCUAGUCCCUCUGCAUCAUACAGUAAUGGGCCCAUGUACAUGAGACUCGCGGGUGGAAGGAGCAGGUGUGAGGGGCGCGUGGAAAUAUUCCAUAAUGGAGCCUGGGGAACUGUGUGUGAUGAUCUGUGGGAUGUGAGUGAUGCCCAGGUGGUGUGUAGGUACUUUGGCUGCGGCAAUGCCAGCUCAGCCGCUACUAAUGCCCAGUUUGGCCAAGGGAGUGGCCCCAUACUGUUGGAUGAUGUGCAGUGCCGGGGCAAUGAGUAUUAUCUAUGGGAAUGCCCUCACUCUGGGCUGGCAAAGAGCAACUGCGGGCACAGCGAGGAUGCGGGAGUCGUCUGCUCAGAGCAUUACCGGCUAUACACAGGAGCAGCAGCAGGUUCCACUGCCCAGACUCCUAGUUCCCCUGCAUCAUACAGUAAUGAAACCAGUUUUCGUUGUGGAGAUUUAUUGACUCUGCCGAGCGGUAUGAUAUCGAGUCCCUUCUACCCACACUACAAUGUGCCUAAUGCUGUUUGUAAAUGGAAUAUAAUCACGGCACCGAAUACGCAGGUGAAACUUCAGAUCUUUUAUCAACAUCUGAAAUAUUCCAGCAACUGUUCCUCUGACUCCGUGGCGGUAUAUGACGGACUUUUAGAUUACUCCCCUCUCCUGGGGCAGAUGUGCAGUGGGAAUGGAAGUCAGAUUUUCUUCUCUUCCUCUAACGUCAUGGCAGUUGUGUUUAGAAGCGGCAGUGUCAUUCAGAAAGGCGGCUUUAUUGCCUAUUAUACAACAGUGCCAAAAACCAUCAACAACAUGCCAGUGGAUUGUGGAGGAAUUCUGACCAAUAAUGCAGGAUUCAUUUCAUACCCUCUCAACCGAGCUUCAAACGGAUCCUCUUACUGUGUCUGGUACAUCAAUGUGUUCAACAAUCACAAAAUUAACCUGUUUUUUAGAGAAUUUCGAAUGUCUUAUCCAUCACAAUGUAACUCUUCCUUCGUGGCUGUGUACGAUGGAACGCCGCUUGGGUCUCAGUUACUGGGAAACCUUUGUGAGACCCCUGGACGACGCUUCGUUUCUUCCUCAAACGCCCUGACCAUUGUUUAUUCCGGCGGUGGCUUUUUAAGUGGCCACGAGGUGGUGUUCAGUGCAUCAUACAACGCCCAACCCAACUCUAACCAAAAUGUGACACUUGCGUGCUCCUCUGACCAUAUGGUAGCUCGAGUGUCUCUUUCAUAUCUGCAAUCGCUCGGUCACUCUGCUAACGAUGUUUUUCUCAAUGACCCAAUGUGCCGCCCUCGUACCUGGAGUAAUUGGGUGGAAUUCAACAUUCCCUACAAGAGAUGUCGAACAGUGCAACAGGUAGAAAGGGACACCAUCAGUUACACUAACACCCUGGCUGCCCACCCACCUAAAGGAGAAGUCAUCUCGAACAUCAAUCAAAUUAACUUGUCUCUGAAAUGUCAAAUGUACCAAAACACCAUAGCCGAAGUAAUGUACCAAUCAAAUGACACUAUAGGGAAUACUUUAACUCAGUAUGGCUUCUUCCAUGGCUCUCUGGUCUUCCACCAGUCUCCUACUUUCACCAGCCCAGUGUACCGUGUCCCAUACAAUGUGAAGCUCAAUCAGGACUUGUACCUUCAAGCCAAGUUGGAGACCACGGACCAGACCCUUGUGUUAUUCGUUGAAUCGUGCGUGGCUUCUACCAACCCCUUCAACUUCCAAGGAACUGUCUACCAUAUAAUAAACAACGGGUGCAGCAGAGUCAGUGGAUAUAAAAAAUACCCAUCGCCCUCUUCAAACAUUGUUCGUUUUGGCUUCAAAGCUUUCAGCUUUCUUGAAAAAUACUCCAGUGUCUUUCUGAAAUGUAAAUUAGUUGUGUGUAUGCCCAAUGUGUACCCGUCCCGCUGCUCCCAAGGCUGCAUCACAAGGAGAAAGAGAGAGGCCAAUGAGUCCCACGCGGAGCUCGACGUGGUAGCAGGGCCACUGAAAGUGGUUUAACAGUAACCAGCGGUCCGGCUAGUGGUUUCUAAACUAUGUUGAUUUAUUUCUACUUAUAAGAAUGCAAAACAAUCAGUUUGGGAUUUGCCCAUAUCCCAACCCUUUCUCUACAAUCCGGAUAGGAAUAAAUAUUUAGGGGGUAAUUUA